AUGUUUACGGAGUUGCUGGCGAGCUCGAAAGAUGUUCCUCCAAUCGCAUUCGUGCUGGCGAUGUGGUAUGGUCAUACAAAGAUAGUUCAGUUGUUACUUGCGAGAGAGGAUCUCAAUCUUGAAAUUCAAGACAAUGUGAUCCUACGGUCACUUGAUGUAGCAAUCUUCAGAGGACAUGUCAAGAUCUUAGAAGCCUUGCUCGAGCAGGAAUAUUUCAACGUCAAUGGCGCGUUCGAUGUCUCUACGUAUGAAACUCCAGGCUCGCCCCCAUCUGGAACAAAUCCCGAUCUGCUCUUGCGCCGCGAAUACUACUACGAGGGUAAAUCGAUAGGCUUUGGAAGUCCGUCCCCUCUCGAGCAAGCGAUAUAUAGGAACAACAAGGAUAUUGUUCGAUUACUUUUGUCUAAACACAAGCCUGCCCAAAUAUCCAGGUUCAGGACAAUCUUAGAAUUCCACCAGAUAAUGCUUAUGACGGAGGCCACUUAUCUAGGCUAUGGACGGACCGUUUCCAAAGUGUUUUUCGGCACAUCUCUCAAUAUCAACGCUGUGAACACGGCUGGACGCACCCCGCUUGACCUUGCAGUAAGCGGGACAGAUGAUGAUUUCGAUGUAUGGGUAAUGAUGGAGGAAAGGGGAGCGUGGUCAAGUGAUGACUUGCAUGCUGGCGUCCGGUUAUAUAUCAGGACGUUGAGGGUUUUAUUCCUGGUAGCGGGUAUUCUUCUUGUGCUCGAUAUGUACAGAUCCUUCCUUUCUGGGAGUGGAAUUUGGACAUUAUCGGCAAUAUUUUCAGGGGGGUUGUUCCUUUGGGUUCGUCUUUUUCGUGCUGAGUGA